AGAACGUAGCUUUACAAUAUACAAGGAAUUUCUUCAUAUUUGUCGCAUCUGUUGUCGCCUCUCGGGAGUAUUCAUUCCCUCUCAACUUUCCAACAUACGGGGAGUUUCUGCAUAUUUAUCAGAGCUAUUGCAAGAGUAUUUAAACUUUCUCGAGUCACAAGUGAUGGAAGCGUUUGUGGGAAUUCUCGUAGAUACUUUGAAUUCCAUGAUCCAGAAGGAGCUUGGAUUGCUUUGUGGCGUUGCAACUGACAUGCAAAAGCUUUCAAGCUUGCUCUCCACCGCCAAGGCAGUGCUUGAAGAUGCAGAGCAGAAGCAAUUCACAGACAGGGCGAUACAACUCUGGUUUCAGAAGCUCAAUGGUGUUGCCUGUGAAAUAGAUGACGUAUUGGAUGAUUACGCAGCUGAAGCCUCAAGAAUCAAGUACAAAAAUUCUGGUUGUUUUAGUUUGAUGUGUUACCCUGUAGCAGGAAACUUAGUGUUUCGUCACAGGAUUGGGACAAGAAUGAAGGAGAUCCUUGAAAAAUUUAAUGCAAUAGCUGAUGAGCGAAUAAAGCUUGGUUUGAGUGAUCAGAAGCGUGGGAGCUAUUUCAAUGCAAGCCGUGAGACUGGAUCCACGGUAAAUGAACCUGAAGUUCUUGGAAGGGACGAGGAAAAAGAGCAGAUCGUACGCAUCUUGACGAAAGAAAAAGAUAGAGUCGAUCAAAAUGUAUCAGUGCUCCCUAUAGUGGGUGUUGGAGGCCUUGGAAAGACAACACUUGCCCAAUUGAUCUUCAGUGACAAAUGCAUAACCGAGCAUUUUGAGCUAAAACUGUGGGUUUGGGUUUCAGAGGAUUUUGAUGUGAAGAGGAUAAUAAAAGUCUUAAUUGAGUCUGUAGAAAAGACUUCUAUUGGAGACUUAGCCUUGAAUAUUCUCCAAGGAAAGCUUCAAGAGUUGUUGAGAGGGAAAAGAUACUUGAUUGUACUGGAUGAUGUCUGGAAUGAGAAUCCAGAGGAAUGGGAGAAACUGAAAUCUGUUCUGGAAUGCGGAUCAAAAGGUAGUUCAAUUGUCACGACAACUCGCAUGGAGAAGGUUGCCACAAUAAUGGGCACAUUAGAGACACAUCGUCUAUCGAGUUUGUCAGACGACCAGUGUUGGUCACUGUUCAGGCAACGGGCAUUUGGCCGUCAAGAGGCUGAAGAAUAUCCUAACCUUGUAGUUAUCGGAAAAGAGAUUGUGAAAAAAUGUGGUGGUGUUCCGCUGGCUGCAAAGGCUCUUGGAGGCUUUCUACGAUUUAAAAGGGAAGAAAAUGAAUGGAACUCUGUGAAAUGCAGUGAAAUUUGGAACUUACCUGAAGAUGAAACGCGUAUCUUGCCCGCGUUGAGAUUGAGCUACCUUAAUCUUCCGGUGGAUUUGAGAGGUUGCUUUGCAUAUUGUGCAGUAUUUCGCAAGGGAUCUAAAAUUGAAAAAGAGGAGGUAAUACAUUUGUGGAUGGCAAAUGGAUUGAUUUCAUCUAAUGAAACGAUGGAAGUGGAAGAUGUUGGUGAUGCUGUGGUGACUGAACUACAUCAUAGAUCAUUGUUCCAAGCUGUGGACAAAGAUGAAUUUGGCCAUGUUCUCAUUUUUAAGAUGCAUGACCUUGUCCAUGAUCUGGCUCAAUCAGUAAUGGAGGCGAAACACGGUGGAACAGAGUCAAAUAGACCCAUUAGGCUAAUGGUGGCUUUUCAUAUUACAAGCGCAGGCAUUGACCAGUUUUCUUCUUUCUUGUCAAAAUGUGGUUCCCUGAGGGCACUCAUUGUAAGAUCAAUGCCGUUGGAGGAAGCAGGGUUUACAGAGUUGCCACCUGCAGUAAGCAAACUGAAACAUUUAAGGCAUCUAAAUCUUUCAGCAUCUUUAAUUGUUGAACUACCCAAUUCAAUUUGUGGCUUGUGGAAUUUGCAAAUUUUAAACCUGAAUGGUUGUGUCCAACUUCAGAGUCUACCCAAAGGCAUGAGAUUCCUCAGAAAUCUUCGACAUCUUUGUCUACAAGACUGCUGGGGUUUGACUCACAUGCCAAGUGGAAUUGGGAAGUUGAUUUGUCUGCGGACGUUGAGUAAGGUCGUCCUGAGUGGCAAAAAAGGCUUCCAACUAAAUGAGUUGCAAGACCUAAAUAUGCUUAGAGGAAAGCUAAUAAUUGAGCACCUUGAGAGGAUUAAAGACAAAAAGGAUGCAGAAGAAGCUUGUUUAAUUAAAAAAGAGAGUCUCCGCGAGUUGUAUUUGUGUUGGGAUUCCGAAAGAACGCUUCGACAGUACAAUGAUGAGGAAGUGCUUGAAGCCCUCAAACCCUGCCCCGACCUUCAAUUGCUGUGUAUAGACGGCUUCAAAGGUUCAUCAUUUCCAUCUUGGAUUUCAACAGUAACAAAUGUUGGUGUGAACGAAAGUUCAACUGAGUACAUAUAUGGGGCCCAGGAGAGUACUGCUGCAGCCGCUGCAAGGUCCUCAUCAAUGAAACAACUGGAGUUAUUGGACAUGCCCAACCUAAAAGGAAUGUUAGGAAGAGAAGUCCAAGGUACUCUCGGGGUAUUCUCUCGACUUGAAUCCUUGUCUUUUCACUGUUGCCCAAUGUUGACAUUGCCAUUGCUGCGUAUGCCGUCCCUAAAGGAGUUAGACAUCAAUAUGUGCCCGAACAUGGCAUGGGCUUCAAUCUCCAAUCUCACUAGUCUUCAAUGCCUUAUAAUUGAGUCGAUUGAAGGAUUGAGUUGUUUUCCAGAAGAGAUGCUACAAAAUCUUAGUCUUCUUGAAUCCCUGGGUAUUAGUGACAUGAAGGAUCUGCGAGCCUUACCCAAAAGCUUGGCUAGCCUCACGGCUUUGAAGAAAUUGACCAUCAGGGAAUGUCCCGAGCUGGAGUCUCUGCCAGAAGAAGGAUUGCGAGGCCUUGCCUCUUUGCAGGAACUCCGUAUCGAGAAAUGCUAUGAUUUGGUGAGUCUAUCAAUGGGGACUAAAGCCCUCAAAUCCCUGACUCAUCUAAGCAUCGACGGGUCAAACGCGACAGCUCUGCCAGAGGAAGUCAAACAUUUCCCUAAACUGCAAAAACUGGUGCUGGAUGAUUUUCGCAAUCUAACUUCAUUGCCAGACUGGUUUGGAGACCACCUCACUUCUCUUCAAGACCUGACACUAUGGUCUUGUCCGAAGCUUGAAACACUUCCAUCCAGCAUUCAAAUGAUGACAACACUCCAAAGUUUGACUAUAGAGGAGUGCUACCUACUGGGUCCACGGUGUGAAAGGGGAGGAGAGGAAUGGCACAAAAUUAAGCACAUCCCGGCCCUGAAAGUUGAGUGGCUGCAUAUAACAUAAUUACGUAAUAAAGUAUUUGUGUACUGUCAUGUAAGUGUGGAGAAGACCAACACUUGUACCUAAUUGAUACCAUGCCUAGUUGAUAUGAAUUCAGUCAUUUGCUAGAGCUUGGAUUAAAUGAAGAAGAUAUUGGGAUUUGACUG